AUACGAACCAUGCGCUCCUCUUCCCCACGGAACCCACGAACCACGAGGGGUAAGAAUGAGGAGAAGAGCGGCACCGGCGUGCCGGUUGCGCGGCUCAAUGCUUGUUCGGGAUAGGCUCGAGUAAGGGUCUUGAGUCGCCAUUCAGGUCAUUGGGCUUAUUUAGUCUUCCCUCGGUGCUUGCUUGAGCGGUAGAAGAAUACAAGAAAGAGCGAACCUUGCGGACUCUUGUCGUCGUUGCUCACACUCUUGACGUGACGUCGAAGUUUUGUCUGCCAAGAUGAGAAGCAGUCUUUUCGCCGCCGCCCUUGGAGGGUUGAUUUCGAACGCCUUCGCGGCCCCGACACAGACCGAACCUUUCCUUAGGCAGGUCGAUAACCAGACGUGGAUCAUUGGCAAUGAUGUGUGGAACAUGACCCAAGGUCUCAAGUACGGUGUGAAGUUGUACUACAAAGACCGCGACCUCGUCGGAAACGCCGUUGGCCACUACGUAAGCUACAACGGCGCCGCAAACGACAUCGCCUGGUCCUCCGCGACCAUCGCCAAGAAGGGCACCCACGAAGGAACCCCCUUCAUCGACGUCAAGUUCACCGCAAAUGACGGCGACUUCCACUGGGUCAUCUUCCAAGGCCUUGCCGGCGCCUACCAGUACUUUGUCAAUCGCAACCUGCCCACCCUGGGCGAGUUUCGCACCCUCUGGCGCCUCGACAACACUACUUUUCCCAACGGAAAGACGGACCUCCACGACAAGCCGCUACCGAAGCUGGCUGACUACCUACCUGAGAACAAGGUCCAAGACGAGACGUGGCGCACGCCUGACGGCACAGGGUACAUCACGAAGUACGACUUUUCUGACUUCAUCCGCACACAAAAGUAUUAUGGCGUGUAUGGCGGUGAAGUUGGGAGCUGGUAUAUAAAUGCCGGCAAGGAUUACUACAAUGGCAACCACUUGAAGCAGGAGCUCAUGGUCCACCGUGAGAGUGCCACCGGCGAUGCCGUCCAACUCAACAUGGUCCACGGCACACACUUCCAAGUCUCCGCCGUCGACGUCUUCCCCGUCGGCAAGAUCUGGGGUCCCUGGCUCUGGUAUCUCAACGACGGUUCCAAAUCCGACGCAGACUCCCGCGCCGCCUCCGAAUUCGCCUCCUGGCCAUACCCCUGGCUCGACGACGCCGCCUACCAAUCCCGCGGCACAGUCAAAGGCAAACUCCUCCUCUCCGACGGCCGCCCCGCCGCCGGCGCCGCCGUCUUCCUCGGCGACAACCACCCCAACAAGACGGCCCUCGACAUGGGCUCGGACUACUACUACACAACCUACGCUGACGCCUCGGGCGCCUUUGAGAUUCCCCACGUCCGCACCACCUCGGCAGGCUACGCACUCCAAGCCUGGUCUGCCGGCGCUGCCCUCGCCGACGUGACAACGCACAUCCUCUUCAACGACGUCCACGUCACCGAGUCCGGCCAGACGACGGACCUCGGAACGCUCAACUGGGCCGUCUCGAAGCGCACCAAGCUCUUCCAGGUCGGCGACUUUGACCGCACAUCUCUCGGCUUCGCACACGGAGGAGACCCGUACUUCGGCCACGCCAUCAUCGCCUCGUGUCCCGAAAACAUCGUCUUCCGCGCCGCCACCACCGGCAGCAACAGCACCUGCUCCGCAAGCAAGACGUCAGACUGGUGCUACGGCCAGACCUACAAGGGGAACUACACAAUCUCCUUCCGCAUCCCUACCCUGCCCGACCCGGCCCCCGCGUCCGCGAACCUCAUCGUCUCGCUAGCGGGCUACUCCACGGGCGCAAGCAGCGUCAUCCUCGCCAACGGGCAGCAAGUAGGAAACCUCACCAGCGGCGCCGUGGGCGUCGACUCCACCUCGGGACUGCUCAACGACCCGUCCGUGUACCGCAGCGCCACGGCGGCGGGCGAGUGGCGCCUGUUUGAGUUCCCCGUCCCGGGCGCGCUGCUGAAGCAGGGGGAGAACGAGGUUACGUUCCAGCUUACGCGCAAUACGACGUGGAGGGGUUUCAUUUGGGACAGCAUUGUUCUGGAAUGGUAA